AUGCAAGGCCAGGCAAAUGGCGCGCAGGGCAAUUACCAGAAGUACAUGUCGGACUUCCAGCAGUACAUGAAGGGACAGGGCGGCAACUACCAGAAGUUCAUGUCUCAGUACGCGUCGGACUACCAGAAGUACAUGCAAGGCAGGAGCCGGGGUGCGGAUGCAAGCCAAGCGAAUGGUGCGCAGGGCGACUACCAGAAGUACAUGUCGGACUUCCAGCAGUACAUGAAGGGACAGGGUGCCAACGGCGACUACCAGAAGUUCAUGUCCCAGUACGCCUCGGACUUCCAGAAGUACAUGCAAGGCGCAAAUGGCGCGCAGGGCGACUACCAGAAGUACAUGUCGGACUUCCAGCAGUACAUGAAGGGACAGGGCGGCAACUACCAGAAGCUUACUUCGCAGAAGUUCAUGUCCCAGUACGCGUCCGACUUCCAAAAGUACAUGCAAGGCCGUGAUCGGCAUAAUGUGCAGCUUGCAGGGGCUG